GGUGUGCAAACGGAAGUCAGGGGAUUCUAACCUGUUCUAACCUCUUUAAGAAUUGUACGCGAACGUUUUAUAGUUUCAGUGUUCUUAAAAUUGUUUAAUGGCAGAAAAGUCCCUGAUGGUAAUUGUUGCGUCAUGUUAUAGAACCUUUUUCGAAAACGCCCAUAUUUGUGACCGCAGCCUACUCCUCAACAGGCUAAUAGAAUCUACCUUAUGAAUACCCACUGAGUGUGUUUUGAGGAUUCUUUGUAACUCUCGGAGAAGCAAAGAGCACCAAACGAUUCUCUUACAAUUCGUGACCUGUCCCUGAAGAGACCUGAUCCAUGGCUAGCCUGCAGAUACGGCGAUACGAGGGCGAUGACGAGGAGGCGGUGAAGGAGAUCUUCACUAUGGGCAUGAGCGAACACGUUCCCUCUUCGUUCAUGCACCUGCUCAAGCAGCCACUGAUGCAGAUGUUGUGUGUGUGUGUGUUUUGCACGUUAAUGGCCACUUCCAAGUCGGUCAUCCUUCCCAUCCUCGCAGUAACGCUGCUCCUGGCCGGGGGUCGACAGCUGGUGUCCUACCUGUUUAACAGCUACAUCGACGAGUCCAUGCGGCGGGAUCUGAACAAAAUACAGGAAACCUACUGCAGCUCACCAAACACCUGCUUUUGGGUGGCGGAGAGUGAUGGGCGCGUGGUGGCCACAGUGGCAUGUCUGCCGGCCGAGAAGCAUCCUGAAUGUUUGGAGCUCAAGCGCAUGUCCGUAAAGCGCUCGCACCGUGGCCAGGGGAUCGCCAAAGCGAUGUGUCGCACGGUAGCCGAAUUUGCACGUUCUCGCGGGUACCUGGGUGUGGUUCUCUACACAUCUGUGGUCCAGACGGAUGCUCAACACCUGUAUGAGCACGUUGGUUACCAGAAAGUGCGACAGUUUGUUGUUCCGGAGUUCUUUGCCAAAAUCACAAACUUUUCUUUAAUCGAGUACAGACUGGAUGUCCAGCCUUCGCCACGAUAAGAGUGCAGCUGUGGGCAUUUGUGUAUUUGUCAGUGUGUGUGAAAUUAUUUUCAUUCAAAUACCAACAACCUCAAAAGUGAGAAGUUACUGCUACCUGCCACAUUUCUAUACUUGUACAAGUGUGGAGGGACAGCUUGACCUGCCAAUAAGAAGUCUUGUGAUUGUGCAUUGAUCUUGUGAUCAUUGUGCAAUAACCAUGGUCAUUUCAAAAGGUCAGUCUACUACUUUUUAAGGAAAUGCACCCCUGGGUCAGUUUAUAUGCUCAGCUAAUGUCAGUUAGUGGUUUUCAUUGUAAGUGCUAUGUGUGGUCUCAUGACUCAAACUCAUAAGUCUGUUGCAUCUUCCUUCCUCAAACCUGGGAACCUUUUUCUUACACUUUCAAACCCCAGGAUGUAUUUUGUCUGUGGAUAUCACACAUAGGGCCCUACUUUUAAUGGUGGACAAAGUCCAAAGUUCUCAUGUAUGAGAUAUAACUAUUCUGUGUUAUGUGGGAGAAUUGAUCUGACUCAAUGUUUGUGAUUAAAGUUUUUCCUAUUGUGUUAAAUGAGCAAAUAGAUUUUGCCUAAUUAUUGAAUUAGCUUUUGUUAGACCUCGGACUUUGCACUUUGUCUAUCGUUCAAAUCAGGGCCCAUAAUGUUGUACACAUAUAAAAGAGAUUUAGAGAAUUGCUCCUCACGGUUCUCUAGAUAGCUGUUCAGGGUUUACUCCAAAACAUGCUGCUCUCUCUACAAAAUCCUGGCUCUGUAACUGGGGAACAAACAUAAUAGCUCACACUAACCCACAAACAAUCCCAGCCAAUCAACGCAGUGCUUCAUGGGUGCAGUUUGAUUGGCUGAUAUCAACAACCUUUCACAUGGCUGAAAUGCAGACUGCAUCCUUAACUUUUAACUCAUGCAGAUAACCAGGCCAACUUCCUGAAAACUAUUUUUGUCCAGACUAUACUGGACAAUGACUAAUUCAGUUAGUUGUUAGAAGUUUCCUAGUGUCAUUUCAUUUUGGGGUCUUGUUUUUCAAUGAAAAGUCUCACUUGCUGUGUAGAAACACAGCUAAUCUAAUAUGGCAUCAUUUAUCGUGUAGCUAAAGGAAAUGUCUGUUAAUACUGAACUUUCUCUAAAUAAAAAACAUUUUCAGUAAA